CGGCGUACUUUGUGCUGCCCACGUGCCCCGAUCGCAGGCCUCCAUUGGCGGAUGGGCAAGGCGGGCGCGGCCCAAAUGUGUUAAAGGCCAGGCCGGUCACGUGAGAGCGGGUAGCAACAAUAUGGCGGCGACCGAGGGGCCCUCCUUCUCGCUGGGUAACGAGACCCUCCAGGUGCCAAUGGCCCUUUUUGCCUUGAACAGGCGUCGUCUGUGUGAGCAGCUACGUAAGAAUGCUGAGGUGCCAAAGAAAGCGGUAGUGCUCCUGCAGGGGGGAGAUCAACUCCAGCGAUACUGCACUGACACUGAUAUCGUCUUCCGUCAGGAAUCUUACUUCCACUGGAUGUUUGGAGUGCUCGAGGCGGACUGCUAUGGUGCUGUGGAAGUUGCUACUGGCAAGUCCCUACUGUUUGUGCCCAAACUCCCGGAGAGCUAUGCUGUGUGGAUGGGAACGAUUCACAGCCGUGACUACUUCAAAAAGAAAUACUCCGUGAAUGAAGUUCACUACGCUUGUGAUGUGGCUGAGGUGCUGAGGAAGUUGCAGCCAGAUGUGCUGCUCACCCUGCGUGGUGUGAACACUGAUAGUAGGCACAUUACUCGAGAAGCUUCAUUUGAUGGAAUCAGUCAGUUUAAUGUGAACAAUGCUUUACUUCACCCUGUGAUCAUGGAAUGCCGAGUGAUAAAGACAGACAUGGAACUGGAACUCCUGCGUUACACUAACCGCAUCUCAAGCGAUGCGCACAAGGAGGUAAUGAAGGCUGUGCGAAUUGGGAUGAAGGAAUACGAGUUGGAAAGUCUGUUCGAACACUAUUGCUACACUCGAGGAGGGAUGCGUCACACUUCGUACACAUGUAUAUGUGGCAGUGGGGUCAAUUCUGCUGUCCUACAUUAUGGACAUGCUGGAGCUCCAAAUGAAAAGACCAUUCGGGAUGGAGACAUGUGCCUCUUUGAUAUGGGCGGUGAAUAUUAUUGCUAUGGUUCUGACAUCACCUGCUCAUUUCCAGCCAAUGGCAGGUUCACCCCUGACCAGCGAGAUGUCUACCAAGCUGUUCUGAAAGCAUCACGGGCAGUGAUGAGCGCUGUGCGACCAGGGGUUGCCUGGCCAGAUAUGCAUCGGCUUGCUGAGAGAGUCCAGCUGGAGGAGCUGACCAGAAUUGGAAUUCUGAAAGGGAAUGUGGCCAACAUGAUGAAGGUCCAUUUGGGAGCUGUCUUCAUGCCUCACGGUCUGGGUCAUCUGCUGGGAUGUGACGUCCAUGAUGUUGGCGGCUACCCAGAGGGUGUGGAGCGUAUUGAUGAGCCAGGGCUCCGCAGUCUGCGCACCACACGGGAACUGCUCCAGGGCAUGGUGCUCACCAUCGAGCCAGGAAUCUACUUCAUCGACAUGCUCCUGGACCAGGCACUAGCAGACCCGGCCCAGGCUUGUUUCAUCAACAGUGAUGUCCUCGCCCGUUUCCGAGGGUUUGGUGGUGUGCGUAUUGAGGAUGAUAUUGCCGUCACUGCCAAUGGUAUGGAGCUGCUGACCUGCGUGCCACGCACUGUUGAAGAGAUUGAGGCCUUUAUGGCAGAGGGCACUGGCUCCUCCAAGCAGUUUGGUCAGCUUCCUGAGCAGACAGCCUGAAGCUGCUGUUCAGUGUCAGCUUCACUCUCUCCUCUCUCUCGGUAACCCAGUGAUUUGAAAUCUCAAAUCAAAUCAAGCUUCACGCUCACAAAUGAUGAUGCAAAAAUAGAAAAUCUUCCUCUGUCUGUUUGUAAAGAGCAAGAAUCAGUGAGACCUCAUCACUUUGGUGGAGGCAGAGAGUGAAACUUCAGCACCAACUUGAGGGGAGGUAACAUUCCUCAAAGUUACACAUCCAAAUGCACAGCCACAGGUAGACACCAAGGUGCAUGCUGUGUUUGGAUCCAUUUACACUCACUCAGGCACUCCUGCACACAGAAUCACGAUGGAAUGGGACCUCCUUUGGUCACUGUUGAGUCAAUGGUUGGCUUCAGCUUCUCACUGGACACAGCCUGUUCCUACAUCGUGGCCUCUUUACUCCAAGACUGAGAGGCUGUGUGGAGAGACCCCCCUCGCUUGUUCACUCCCCUUCACUCCUCGCACAACAUCAGUGAAAACCAGCAAUUACUGCCUCUGCCAAUAGACACUGUAACAUUCUCCAAUGCCUGAUAUCCAAGCUGGUGGCUGGAGACUGGAAGAGCUGUGAGAGGGUCCACAGAGUGGGUCACCUUGAUGGAAUACUCAGGUUGAGUAUCUGUCACGCACACACAGGGAAUCGGGAGCAGGGUGAACUCUGGGAUCUCCACAAACAUGUAGUUAAAUACAGUGCAAUCAUAAAUGCAAAUUAUCUUGCUCCUAGCUUAGCAAAUGAAACAAAUCUGUUUAAGAACGAUGACAAUAACUGAAUUCCUUUCUAACUUUUCUGCAAUAAAGCUGUAUGUUUUUCA